AUGUCACCAUCCGCCACUGCAGCUUGCGAGCAACGAGCCAUGGCCUUCAGACGGCCAACAUCUGUCUGCCUCUUCUCAGGCUCUGGCAGCGACGGUUUCUUCUCGGACAAUGGUAAACUCGGCGAUGAGCGGCACGAGGCUUCAGAGCUCACAUCCGGUAUCAAGCCUGACCCCUUGGGGAACGACGAGAACGAAUGGCCUUCCAAUGAUGCUGGAACAGACACCCUAAGCUUCGAAGCCCUAUCCAAAUUCAAGGACAUGCGGCGAGCCAUCCUCAGUCGCCUCCGCAACCCCUGGCCCACAACAACCCAAAUAAUGCCUCACAACUAUCACACCCGCAAGUCUGACAUCGCCUUUCUUGCCGACCUCUCCCUCCCCGAAGCCAACGCCGCCCUCAUCCCUCACCCCAAGUUCCGCUCUCUUAUCCUCAACGAAGGCCUCCACGAGAAGAACCUCCGCCGCGUCAUCCGUGUCCAGCUCCUUCGCUGCCAGUGUCCGCGGAACAUCUACCGCGUGCUAGCUGUCUGCAUGCAAUCCAAAGCGGCUGCCCAAGCCCUUUCCAUCCUUUUUGAACCAUUAAUCCGCGCGCUCUACCGCAGCCGCAACACCGUCUCCGACCCGCAAGUCCUGGCCACUCUGAACGUCAUCAUCGCCCGCUUCAAACUAGCAAACCUCUACGUAUCCCCCUACUUCCUGUUCCUCGGCCUGCGCUUCGCCGCUCGGACACGAAGUCUUACCUCUAUGCAGCGGUAUCUCCGCCAUAUCCGGCAGGCCAACCUCACGAUGCCCGCCAACGUCUUCCGCAGCGUCAUUGCCAAAUUCUCCAUCGGGUCUCGUGGGCUAGGCGAGAUUCGCAACGGACGGUGGCGGCGGUCAGAUCUACUUCAGGUCCUCAAGGGCUUCGAUGACUGCUCGCAUUUGCCGCCAGCCCAGAAAUACCAUCUCGGCUCCUUCCUAGAUCGAAGCGACUGGCAAUUCCUGCACGGCUGGGUCGCCGUUCUGGCUCGCUGCCGGGACUCCGAGGGCGUGUGGCGCGAAUGGGAGCACUGGAAGCAGAGUAGCGCGAGACUUGAUCCUAGAAAAUUAGGAAAGGGAGGCAGGGGCAUGAGCAGUCGUUGGCGUGGGGACUACUGGUUCGUGGAGCAAAUGACGCAUUCAGGUGACCUGAGGCUGGCGUGGCGGGUAGUCGAGGAGAGUGGCCUGGACUUUUCGACCGUCAAGGGAAAAGUCAAGUUUAGAUUAUUGGAUGGGAUCGAGUUUGCUACGACGAGGUCAUGGGAGGGAGGCGCGAGGGAGGCGAUGGUGGAGAAAUAUGAUGUUGAGUUGAGGAAGAUUGAGCGGGCGCUGGGGUUGAGGUGGGUGGCGGAUGGAAUGGCCGAUGACGGGGAGGGUGUGCAUGAGCUUGUGCGAGACCAGUGGGAGGUUAUGGAGGAAUUGGGAGCGGAGGAUUGGAAGUUUGAGGAGGAUUACGGGUACCCGAUCGACGCAGAAUAUCUUGUGCCCGAGACGGAGGAGAGGGCGCUGCAUCAGGCUGAGGAGCGAGGACGAGUUGAGCAGGAUGAGGGCGGAUGA